GCUAUAUUUAGUAAGGGAUCCUUUCUGCUCCUGAUAACACUGUCAAGUAAUGCCACUUAUACAGUGUUAGAAGAACAAAAGCCAUGUGCUCUCCUCAGUGUCAGUGUUGCAUUGAUUGGUCCAAGUGUCCUGUACCUCAUCAAAUGCCUGUGGAAGAUAAUAUUCAAAGAAUCAAAGAAACCCUCAAGGAACACAGUAUUGUGGGUGAUGGGUAUUGAAUUCCUGGUGGCAUUUGGGACAGCCAUUCUCACCAUCGUUGCCAUGCCAUUCUUCGACAUUGUGACAAACGCAAUGAUUCUGAAUAGCAUCAGUAUCCUGUCCUCGAUCUUCCAGGUGGUCGCUCAGUUCUUUGCAAAGGAGAGGAAGCACUUCAUAGUGCCCCCGAUCAUCUCAAUAGUCCUCAUACUGGCAGGCUAUGUGCUCUUCAUCAUCAGCUACCUGCAAAUAAGAGACGAUAGAGAGAUGAAGAUCAGGAUCGGCCUUGCUAUAGUGGGAACCAUCUUUAUCUCACUGAACUGGUGGGAGAACUACAGCACCCUCUUCAGAAACCCCUUCCUAAACAGUAUAUCUGAAGACAUAGUGAGAUCCAGGAAUCUGGUGGGCAUCCUGUCCAGUGUGGUUCGGAUCCUGGUUACUGCUGCCGUGGUGGGGGCGUAUGUCCCUCUGUCUGGUAGAGACUGGUCAUCGGUGACAUCAGUUCCAGGCAACGUGAGGAGGGUGAUCUGGAUCUUGGUGGGGAUCCAGAUAGUGUCCUCUGCUCUGUGCCACUGGUUCGUUGUGGUGGCCUGUAAAAUGCACGCUAUACGUCGGAGUUUCCUUCUACCUGUUUACCUGGCCACCUUAGGGGUUGUGGCAGCUUUCAUAGCUCCUGUCAUUAUCUUCUACCAGAAUUUGAGUAAAACCAGAGGUGCUAAUUACACAAUGACAGAGUACUGCUUUGACAUCACAAAUGGCAAUGGCCUAAGUCAAAACGCUGUCUGGUAUGAAAAGCUAGUUUGGGAUAUCACUCAUUCCCUCUGUCCCAAUGACAUGACCAACCAAAGAGAAAUAGGCUUCUUAGUUGGCUCUUCACUCUGCUGGUGGUUGGGUUGGGUGCUCUGCACUGUCUACAUCUGGAGCCUCCAGCUGCAGCGAAUUGAGAGGACCGAGCAUCUGCUUGUGAGAAGGAUGUACGAAGGGGCCUUUAUGGAACAGUCCAUUAUGCUCAACAUGCGAUUUGAGACUCAGAGGAUUAAAAAAAACCAUAAGCAAGAUGACCCAGUUACAGUGUUUCUAUGUGCAACAAUGUGGCAUGAAAGUCAUGACGAAAUGAUGAAAAUGAUAAUCUCAAUGUUCAGGCUGGACAGAUACAGGCCAAAUAAGAACCCCAACAAUGAUGUUAGCUUUGAGUCCCACAUUUACUUUGACGAUGCUUUUAAAGAGGUGAAAGGCAGUGAAGAACGAUUUGUGAAUGAAUAUGCAGAGAACCUGGUGGAGGUUAUCCAAAUGGUUUACAAAAUUUUCACUGAUGAGGACUCGCACAUCGUCGAAGAAAGCCAAUUAGGUAAAAGUCAGAGGAUCAUUCGUACCCCUUACGGAGGUCGACUGGAGUUCACUCUCCCUCAUGGAAACCAGCUGAUGGUGCACUUUAAGGACAAAAAACAGAUCCGCCACAAGAAGAGAUGGUCUCAGAUCAUGUACUUGUACUACAUUCUUGGCUGGCAACUCAACAGGAAGUAUUUCAUGCAUUUUCAAGACCUUAAAAAAGAGCAUGACAAAGAGUUUGAAAAAGAGACAAAGCUCAGGAAAAUAAUGAAGAAAGAGAAGGCCAACACCUACCUCCUGGCUCUGGAUGGGGACACAGACUUCCAGCCUUCUGCUGUAAUGCUCCUGGUAGACCGACUGAAACGCUACCCAGAUGUAGGUGCGGCAUGUGGAAGGAUCCACCCAACAGGCACAGGUACGUGA